UACAUCUGGAUCCUUCACAUACAAAGGAACUUAGCCUGACCAUAAACCUCAGCAGCCACACACAGGGAUUUUUUACCUCUCCACUGCCCAGAGCUUUAAGCAGGAGCUCCUAAGAUAUCUACAGACGUGGCAGUGCCCAGAAGACAUGAAGUCCCUUCAUAUACUUCAGCUCUGUGCCUUUUGUUACCAGCUCUUUGUUCAGUUUGACCUGAACACAGCUGCACCUUCUCCCAUCAUAAAGUUUCCAGGAGACAACUCGCCCAAAACGGACAAAGACAUGGUCACCCAAUACCUACUGAAGUACUACGGCUGUCCUAAAGACUCAUGUCUGAUGGUGUUAAAAGAUACAUUAAAGAAAAUGCAGAAAUUCUUUCAUAUUCCAGAGACAGGAGAGAUGGAUCAAAAGACAAUUGAAACGAUGAAAAAGCCUAGAUGUGGUAACCCAGAUGUGUCCAACUAUCAGUUCUUUCCAAGGAAGCCCAAAUGGGAAAAAAAUGAUAUAACAUACAGGAUCUUGGGGUACACUACAGAUCUGGACUCUGGAACUGUGGAUGAUGCUUUUGCUCGGGCUUUUCAAGUCUGGAGUGAUGUCACCCCUUUAAAGUUCACCCGACUUAUGGAUGGCGACGCUGAUAUCAUGAUUAAUUUUGGUCGUUGGGAGCAUGGAGAUGGCUACCCAUUUGAUGGUAAAGAUGGACUAUUGGCUCAUGCUUUUGCCCCAGGAUCAGGAAUUGGUGGUGAUUCUCAUUUUGAUGACGAUGAGCUUUGGACAUUAGGAGAAGGACAAGUUGUGAAAGUAAAAUAUGGAAAUGCUGAUGGCGAGUUCUGCAAAUUUCCUUUCCUCUUCAAUGACAAGGAAUACAACAGCUGCACAGAUUCCGGACGGUCUGAUGGAUUUCUCUGGUGUUCUACCACAUACAACUUUGAUCAAGAUGGGAAAUAUGGCUUUUGUCCUCAUGAAUUAUUAUUCACUUUAGCCGGAAAUGCAGACGGAAAACCUUGCAAGUUUCCUUUUAAGUUUCAAGGUAAAAGCUAUGACAGCUGUACAACCGAGGGAAGGACGGAUGGUUACAGGUGGUGUGCAACAACAGAAGACUAUGACCAGGAUAAAUCUUAUGGAUUCUGUCCAGAAACUGCACUGUCCACAGUUGGAGGAAAUGCAGAAGGCUCCCCAUGUGUCUUUCCUUUUACUUUCCUUGGCAAUAAGUAUAAUUCAUGCACCAGUGCUGGAAGAAGUGAUGGCAAACUAUGGUGCGCCAGCAGCAGCAGUUAUGACGAUGACCGCAAAUGGGGCUUCUGUCCCGAUCAAGGUUAUAGCCUCUUUCUUGUUGCUGCCCAUGAGUUUGGACAUGCUCUUGGACUUGAACAUUCUGAUGACCCGGGUGCCCUAAUGGCUCCAAUAUACACUUAUGUCAAGAACUUUCGACUUUCACAAGACGAUGUCAGUGGAAUCCAGGAACUUUAUGGCAGGGGAUCUGAGAGCAAACCUGGACCUGGACCUGGACCUGGACCCGGACCUUCCCCCACAUUGGGCCCCGUUACUCCAGAGCUAUGUAGCAAAGACAUUGUAUUUGAUGGCAUUUCACAAAUCAGAGGAGAGAUAUUCUUCUUCAAAGAUAGGUUUAUAUGGCGAUCAGUGGGCAGAAGGAGCAGGCCCUCAGGUCCCCUGCUUAUUGCUACUUUCUGGUCAGAACUACCUGACAAAAUUGAUGCUGUUUAUGAAGAUCCUCACGACGAGAAGACAAUUUUCUUUGCAGGAGAUGAAUACUGGGUUUAUACUUCAAGUCAACUAGAAAGAGGAUAUCCUAAAAAAAUAACUAACCUUGGACUACCAUCAGAUCUGAAGCGUGUGGACGCUGCAUUCAACUGGAGCAAAAACAAAAAAACCUACAUUUUUGCUGGGGACAAAUUUUGGAGGUACAAUGAAGUAAAGCAGAAAAUGGACACUGGCUUCCCUAAAUUCAUUGCAGAUUCGUGGAACGGUGUACAUGACAAUUUAGAUGCUGUUUUUGACCUCAGUGGAAAUGGUUACAGUUAUUUCUUCAAAGACCAGUAUUACCAUGAGAUGGAAGAUAAGAUCUUGAAGAUUGUUAAAAUCGGAAAUAUAAAAACUGAUUGGCUUGGUUGCUGAGUUAUACGAUUUUGCAUUAACCAUAUAUUGUCAUUUGUAUGUAUUCCAGCCUAAUUGUGUAUGGUUUUUAUUGCUGGUUACUGAAUUGUACUGAAUGGCCAGUCUGGCACUGGUAUCUUGACAGUACGUGCACCCUUUUUUUUUUUGGUCAUCCAAUAAUUUAAUGUGUAGUAUACCCAAGAAGAGCAUAUAAGAAGUGGAGACAUUCUGAGCACAUCUUGGUUAACAACUAGAAGAAUUAUUCUUAGUUUCCCCAUCAGCUAGUCAUAUUGAUGCUACAUGAAUUCAUCAUAAAAACAUAUUUUAUCACUGUACCUUUCACAUAUUGAUGACAAAACCACUUACGGACAGAGGCACAGGUUGCCUACAGAAUUUUGUCAGUAACACCACGCUCUACACAGAUAUACAAUGUUCAUCCUCUGAAAUAAAGAGUUAGUCCAGUAAUUGAAAGAAUGGUUCACAAUUUUCAUUUUUGGAACACCACCGCCCUCCAUAGGCUAUGUUUGGUAUUGCAGUUCAAUCCCAUUUAAGUGACUACAUCAAGACUGCAAUGCCACUCAUGACUCCUUAUGUCUAAUCCUGGAAAACCCUUUGAGUUAAUAUUUGGUUACUGUUUAGUUGUAAAAUGUAUUGUUUUUACUUAUUGGCAAUUGCUGGUUGUUUGUAAAGUGUAAAACCUGUACAAUUAAACAAUUACGUUUUCUAAAAGUGACAUUUACAAUUUACAGGACAACCGAACCAGAAGGUGCAGUAUAAAAAUAAACAAACGGACAAUGAGAUUUAUUGGCUUAU